AGUGAAAGGUUUGUUGAGGCAGGCUGCAUACAUUCUUAUAUUUGUGUUGUUUAGUUGUAACACGUGACAAACAUGGUGCAAACGUGUUGUGUUAUUAACUGCCACAAUCGUUCACGCGAUCGCUUCAGGAAUAAAAAAGAUGAGGUGAUAUUUUUCUCCUUUCCAACGUGGAAGCAAAGCCAAGGAGCUGGAAUCUGUGAGCUAACAAAGAGACGCCGAAUGGCCUGGAUAGCAGCCGUGAGACGACCAAACAUCACUUUCAACACCAUCACCCAAGAUUUGGUGGUGUGUUCACGGCAUUUUCACACUGGGAGACCAGCUUAUGAAAUGGAUGAAAGCCAUCCAGACUGGGCACCCUCAUUACAUCUCGGACACACGGAGGUGGAAGCUGGAGAUAACAAGAGUCUACACAUAACAUUGGACCAGGAGGAACUUCCCCCAACAAGAGAGGAGUACGAGCGACUACGACAACAUUACACCCAACAGCUGAUUGGUCAUCAAGAAGGUCCCCCUCAGCCACAGGGGGAGGAACAGACUGUUAAACAGGAAGAGGAGGAGCCACAUUCCCCCUAUGUGAAAAAGGAAAAGGAGGAGCCACAGCCCCUCCACAUUAAAGAGGAAGAGGAGGAGCCACAGCCCCCCCACAUUAAAGAGGAAGAGGAGAAGCCACAGCCCCUCUAUGUUAAAGUGGAAGAGGAAGAACUCUGGAUCACUCAGGAGGGAGAGCAUCUUCUAGGGCCAGAGGAGGCUGAUCUCACCAGGUUGCCACUGACUGGUGUCUCUGUGAAGACAGACGACCAUGAAGACAAACCACCUGAGUCCUCACAGCUUCAUCAUAGUCCAAGUGAGGAGAUGAGAGAGGCGGAGCCUUCAUGCAGCAGCUCACUGCAACACAUGACAACAGAAGCUGAUGGAGACCACUGUGGAGGAUCACAAGCAGACAACCUCUUAGCUCCACUGUCAGAUAGUGACGACACAACGUCACACUCUCCUGAAGAUGAAGACGGCGACUACAACCAAGAAUCUCUGAGCAGCGAUACAGACUGUGAAGGUGAUAUGACGACUCACACUGGCAACAAACACUCUGAAAGCUCGAAAAAGAAGACUGAGAAACUUUUUAACUGCUCACUUUGUCAGAAAGGAUUUUCUUGGAAGAGUGUUUUGACUCGACACAUGAGAACACAUACUGGAGAAAAACCUUUUACUUGCUCACACUGUUGUAAAGGUUUCAUUCAAAAGGUACAAUUGGUAUUACACAUGAGAACACACACAGGAGAGAAACCUUUUACUUGCUCAGACUGUGGUAAAAGUUUCACACAAAAAGCAAAUAUGCUGACACACGGGAGAACACACACAGGAGAGAAACCUUUUACCUGCUUAGACUGUGGUAAAAAUUUUGCACUAAAAAGAACUUUAGCAGCACACAUGAGAACACACACAGUAGAAAAACCUUUUAGUUGCUCAGACUGUGGUAGAAGCUUCAAUCAAAAAUUUACUUUGGUAAAACACAUGAGAACACACACGGGAGAAAAAUGUUUUAGUUGCUCAUUCUGUGGCAAACGCUUCAAUCGCAAAGUAAAUAUGAUAUCACACAUGAGAACACACACAGGAGAGAAACCUUUUACCUGUUCAGACUGUGGUAAAACUUUUGCACACAAGGAAACGUUGGCAUCACAUAUGAGAACACACACAGGAGAGAAACCUUUUACCUGCUUAGAUUGUGGGAAAAGCUUCACUCAGAAAGCAAAUCUAUUAAAACACAUGAGAACACACACGGGAAUAAAACCUUUUAGUUGCUCACACUGUGGCAAAAGCUUCACUCAAAAACUAAAUGUGCUCAACCACAUGAGAACACACACAGGACAGAGGUCUUAGUUGCUUUAAUUGUGUUGACACAUUUCCUGUGAGGUCCUUUUCGGAAAGACUCAUGCUGAGUCACUGAUGGCCAACUGGAGUUAAAGCUAUUUUAUUUGACUGUAUGUCCUAACUGCUAAAUGCUGGAACUGAUGAAGUCACUUCCUGUUUGCUUUCCCAUUCAGUCCAGAAAGCCAUGAUUUGGUUCCUUUUAGUGACCGGAUUAUGAUUCACUCUUUGAAGUGAAUCGAGUACUGGAGUCGCCCGUCAGAGAGUGCAUCGUUUGAUUUGAUUUUGCUCAAAUUAUUGUAUGGAAGGAAAGGAAAUAAUGAUUUUCUGAUGUUAUUGUUCCAUAAUCUCAUGGAACCCCCCUCGUCGUAUGCCUACAUUGAAAGUUUAGAAACAUUGUCCUUUUGUUGUAUGUAUAUUUAUAAUCUUUCUAUUCAUUUAUUUGUUAC